AUGAUACAUCCAUAUCAAAGCAGAGGUCCUCCAGCAAAAAUGCAAUGUCUGAUGGUAGAGCAUGUCAGUUAUGUCAGGCCACAACCUUAGACUCUGCCUCAGAUACAGAACAGAUAGAUGAAGUCCAAGCUGUGACACGUUUGGAUAGGCUCAUGUCUAGUGGUGAAGUAGAGACCUUCGCAUGUGACCUCGCAUAUAAGUUGGUCCAUCUGCUGAAAACGAACACUUGCCAGGGACUAAGCCUGCCUACUGAUCUAGGUCCUCCAUUAUUGUGUGGAGAAAAUGAUGAGACAGACAAAAGUGUGUCUCUUAAGGAUCCCUACACGUUUGUUGAGGAGUCUGUGAAGUGUUUCUUGCAUCAGCUGCUGUUUCCAUCAUGCCCAAGCAAAGCGGUUGGACCAGAGGACUUCAUCCAGGGAACACCAAGCUCCAGCGGCUGUAUGGCGAAGACUGCAUAUGAAAGCUGCUCUGGAGACUCUACCUGUUCGUCUCAGACUCUGAGUGAAACAGUGGACUUGUUGAGAAACCGAGUGGUGAACCAGGUGAUGGAAGCAGUUUCAUCAGUUGCAGAUGGUGAAAACCAAGUUGUAAAGACCACAAGGUCUUCAACUGCCGAGAGCAUCCAAGCCGUUGGUGUAUCCUCAGAGUAUGGUGCGAAUCGUUCUGUCAAGGAUGUCGCCUGCUCCACCAGUUCUUUGGGGUUGAUCAUUGGCUUACACACUGAUUCAGCAAAUAGACUAGGAGAGCCAAAGAGCAAAGUAAAAACAGAAGUGAAGAUCUGCAUCAAACCCAAAAUAAAGACUCUGAGGGUCAACAAGAAGUAUAUAUCUAAGACAAAUGUAGUGGGUCCAGUGAAGUUUGAGGCCAAUGCAAGUGCAAGGAAGCUGCAAGGAAAUGAUAUACGGCAGGGGACAGCAGGUCAGAGCAGCGAGGCACAAACGUCCACAUCCCAGACAGAAAAGGGCUCUGAGGGGAAAUCCAAGAAACGGAACAUUUUUGCCAGAUUCUUUUCAUCCAUCUCCAAGUCUGUGCGGAAAUGCUAUUCUGUGCAGAAAGCACCAAAGUGGAACUUCUGGAAGUUUCUGGUGGGUCCUGAUGGGCAGGUGGUGAAGUUCUGGAAAGCGGAGGAGCCUUUUGAUCAGAUACGGCAGGAGGUCGCAGCACAAGUGCGCCAGAUCAUUCUGAAGAAGAGGCAGGAGCUGUUACAAGUGCUGCAGUUACUCAACCAUGCACUCACUCUGGCCUGGUGUGCACAUGAAGGACCACUGCUUUGCAAACUCAGCGAGGAAUAG